CCGAGGCGACACCCCGGACAAGCCAGACCCCAGAACGACUUCAGUAGAACAAGAUGGGUUGUCUUUCCCUGUCACUCGUAGUCUUCUGUCUUGCUAUUGCGACCGUCCUCUCCACGUGUCCCAGAACCUACACCUACCGUCGCGCCAACAGAUGCACGGGAUAUCGCAACCAGCGAUGUGGAAUGUUUGGCUGGAGUAGAUGUCGCAGGUCAUACACCUACACUUGCUACAGAAACGAACAACGCACUUGCCCAGCGCCAUCUGUGUCGUACGGAGGGUGGGGAUCGUGCACCGCUCCGUGUGGCGGCGGUCUACAGUACAGGACAAAGUAUGUGCGCUGCAGCUCGUCAUGUGGUGGAGCCAGGACAACGACGCGAGAAUCACGAAGAUGUAACACUGGCUGUUGCCCAGUGAAUGGCGGAUGGAGUUCCACCAGAUACGGCUCGUUUGGAACGUGUUCUGUGAGUUGCGGCGGAGGAUCACAAACUCGCACUGUUUCGAGGUCGUGCACCAACCCGAGACCAUCGUGUAGAGGACGCGUCUGCUCCGGAUCAGCUUCCUGGACCGAGACCAGGAGAUGUAACAGCCAGUGUUGUCCAGUCAAUGGCGGAUGGAGUGCAACCACUUAUGGUAGCUGGGGAGAAUGCAGCACCUCGUGCGGGGGUGGGGUUCAGACACGAACUCUGAAUCGAGGCUGUAACAACCCGACACCAUCGUGUAAUGGCCGGUCGUGCUCUGGGCUGGCGAGUUGGCAAGAAGAUAGAGCCUGCAACCCGAAUCCUUGUCCAGUGGACGGUGGCUGGAGCGAGUAUGAGGACUGGACGGAAUGGACGACAUGUUCGGUAUCGUGUGCUGGGGGAACCCAGUCCAGGUCUCGGUCUAGAACCUGCACUAACCCUCCACCAGCCUAUGGCGGCGCCGACUGCCAGGGCAGUGACACUGAAGUCGAUUCCAAGAGCUGCAACCCACAGCCUUGUCCUAUUGAUGGCGGCUGGACUGACUAUACGCGCUGGGAUGACUGGUCCACCUGCUCUGUGUCGUGUGGAGGCGGAUCACAGGCCAGAUCCCGGUAUCGGACGUGCACCAACCCAGCUCCUGCUUUCGGUGGCGCAGAAUGUGAGGGCGAAACCGAGGAUAGCGAGGAGAGGGAAUGCAACACACAGCACUGUCCAAUUGACGGCGGCUGGACGGAGUUCACGGAGUGGACGGACUAUGACGAAUGCCCCGUGCUGUGCGGCAACGCGACCAAGAAACAACACAGAGAACGGGACUGCACCAACCCCACUCCCCAGUACGGAGGGGCGGAGUGCGAGGGGGCGGACAGCGAGGAUCAGUUCGUCACAUGUAAUGAAGAGGCGUGCGGAGACCGUUGCCCCAAGGACACCGUCACCUACCUGAGCCACCCAGAUAACGACCAACGAUUCUACCAGUGUGCAAAUGGGCGGGCCGCCCUCCACAGCUGUCCUGCUGACACGAGGUGGUCGCAGGACUCACAGACCUGUAUCCACGAAGAACAGACGACAGUAGCAACUACAGCAACUCCAGGACAUUUCUGUACCGGACGAAGCACUGGUUACUAUGCCAACAGCGACUGUCACAAGUACAACAGGUGUGUCAAUGGCCGACUGUACGAAAUGAGCUGUGCUUCCGGUCUCAAAUGGAGCCAAUCGGCAUCGACCUGUGUUCGUGGAGACUGUUAACUACACGAGUGCUCAUAAACAAACUGUUUAAUCACGACCUUAAAUUUGUUGGAAUAACUUCAAAAUAGACUUGCAAACACAAAAAUUACUUCUUCAAUUACUGCAUUAAAUAUGUGUUCUGCCAAAUAAAAGAAUACAAAUAUUA